CUACAUCACCCAGGACCACGUAUCACCAUGCAGUGUUCGCAUGUACUGUAGAGUUGGUGACCGCGCCUCAUCCAGGUCAUAAAGUUGCCUCGAAGGAAAUCGGAGGAUCAUGGAGGCAGUUAACAGUCGACCUUCACACACAUCAAUCGGUUGCGCCUUCUUGACAUUAGAAAACAGCACUGCAGAUGGAUUGGAGUUCGAGUCUUGAAGUACGCACACCACUGGGACACGCCCAAUGCUCCCCCUCCGAGCACUUCGACGCGUUUCACCCUUCGAAAAAACAGCGGCUUAGUCCGCUGUCGGUAACCGACGACGCGGCUACUCAAUUCAACCCGACAUAUCAAGGCCUCUGCGGUACUACAAAGCUCUCCGAAACCGCUGGGGAAAAUCCGCAGUAUCAACCUUGCGUGGAGCAGCAGAAUGUUUGCUUUGGAAUGAUCUACGGUUUCUGGGCCUCUAAUUCUGACGAGGGCCAACACGUAAUACCCGGCGGCCCGUCCCUUUCAACCGCAAACGCGCCUGGUCGCUUAUCACUAUCUCUUGGGUCGGGAGAUUUGUGUUUCCUUACAUCUACCUUUCGCAAUGACACAAGAUCUCGGAUCGGGGUCCUCGAUGUUCGAACUGCCCGAGGCCUCAACGCCCUCUCCACGAUCGAAUCGGUACGCUUCAAUGUGUUCUUGCUCGCGGAUGACGUACCGUCCAAGUCACCAGUCUCCAGACACGUGAAGCGAAGGCUGGCCAUCAAUGUGAAUGGCUCGGUCGCCGCGGCAGGCGAAGUCGGAUGUCGUCUCUCCAAAGCCAAACUCUACCUACAACAACCCGAUGCAUUGGAAGACGGCGUGAGCUAUGAGAAUCCUCAUUUGUUCAAAUCGGAAUCUCAAACAAGCACCGACAUCCCAGAACCGGUCCCUGUGGCGGGUUACGAACUGGAGGACGAGAUUGUUGAUAUUUUCGAUUCAUUGAGCGGUGGUCCAUGCGGUACUCUGUCGGAGUGUGAAAUCGACAGUAGAAUCACCACGCAACUACUAGGGCAUCAGAAGCGAGGGGUUGCGUUCAUGACCCAUAUAGAAACUCGUUUGCCCGACUUGUGGAAACAGGGCAGUUCGUCAUCCUACCAGCAUAUCAUUACGGGUCUGAAGACCACAACACUCCCGGAUGUGACCCGUGGGGGCAUAUUGGCGGAUGCUAUGGGUCUUGGAAAAUCUUUGACGACUCUUGCCACUGUACUUGGGUCGUUGGAUUGUGCAAGAGGCUCAGUCGGGCCGCAAACCAGCGCUGAAGCUGAUGGGCCCGAACAACGAUAUCCGACGAAAUCCACAUUGAUAGUCGUUCCUUUAUCCUUACUGUCAAGUUGGAUCGAUGAAAUUCAAAAGCAUGUCGCCGAAAACUCCAUAUCGGUAUACGAGUAUUAUGGUCCGAGCCGAAUCAGAAAUCCUACAAGGCUGAGAGAAUUCGACAUCAUACUUACGAGUUAUAACACGGUAGCCUAUGAGCACUCGAAGGAUGAUAAUGUACUUGGGCGCUUGAAUUUCUUCAGAGUGGUACUCGACGAAGCACACAUCAUACGAAAUCAACAAUCAAGACUAUUUCUAGCCAUAAACCAGCUAUCCUCGAAGCGCCGUUGGUGUUUGACUGGCACGCCAAUGCAAAACGGGUUGGGAGACCUCGAGUCGCUGUUCAAGUUCAUCCGCCUGUCUCCCUUCGACCGUGGUAGAGACUUCCAGACGUUUGUCACUGGUCCUCUAAAGAAUGGAGAGUCGAGCGGUGUGAAGAAUCUUAGUACUCUCCUCCGCUCUAUAUGCCUACGACGGAGUACGGAUGUUCUUGAGACACUUCCGAGAGUCAGCGAGAUGAUUCGAACGCUAGAACUUUCCCCACAGGAGAGAACACAAUACACUUGCAUCAUUCACGGAUCGAUAGACGAGAUCGAUGCCCUUACAUGUGCCGGCAAUUCGAGGAAGGCGUGUCAGUCCAUCCUGAAAGUUAUUCUGCGCCUCCGUCGGUUAUGCAACCACGGCACGUCCGGAGUCUCUCCGAGGGAACCUUCAUGCGAAUUGGCAGCUUUGGAGUCUCAGUUCGGGCUACAACCAUCAACAGUGUGUUCACAGUGCAACCAUGCGAUCGAGCCCUCUUCCGGGAUCACUAAUCAAGAGGGCUCGACGACUUGCUGUCAUAUAUGGUGUCAAAACUGCUUCGCGCUCGAAAAAGGUCGUAAUGAUUUCACGGGUGGAAAGAGAAAGAAAAAGACAGUCAUUUGCCCUCUCUGUGGCUGUCCGGUGACAUCAGCCACAUCUAUUCAAGCUAUAACUGCUGCUGUUGCUGGGACCAGCACGGCCAUCAUGGAUUCGGACUACAGCUCUCAGACAGAAAUGGACUUUUCUUUUGACAAUGCAUUCUCAACCAAGAUCACAGCGGUAGUCAAUGACAUUGAAAGCAGCCAAGACAAGGGCAUUGUGUUUUCUCUCUGGACCAAGACGUUGGACGGCAUCGAAAACGCACUUGCGUCUCGUGGAAUGAGCUGCAUGCGUCUGGAUGGCUCACUCACAGGGGUCGCCAGAGCAGCCGUCAUUCAGGCAUUCCAUAAUGACUCUGCGGUUAAGACCUUACUAAUGACUACCGGAGUGGGUGCCACUGGUUUCAAUCUCGCCAUAGCCAGCCGGAUACACAUCGUCGAACCGCAGUGGAAUCCAACGGUGGAAUUACAAGCAAUUGGGCGCGCCCAUCGGCUCGGUCAGAAGAAAUCGGUAACAGUUUUCAGAUACAUCAUGAAAGACACCAUAGAAGAGAGUGUCAAAAAGCUUGGUUCGAUGAAACUUCAACUGUCAAUGCUCGCCUUGGGUGCCCAUGAAGACGAUACGGAGGCUCAGACGAUGAAUCGACUCCAGAGUCUUCGCGCUCUGUUUUAGGACCGGUGGGCAUGGUUGGAAGUGGUAUAAUCCGAGGUUGUGAAAGGAGGGGCCCGUUGUUCUCUGGGUGUUAGUCAACAAGAAAUUUGAAGGCAGUGCUUUGGUAGUAACUGGAUGGUGGAUCGCUCCCAAUUGAAACUGCAACGAGAAUGGCCAGUGUGUCGCGCAAGUAUCGGUAUGUACGGCAGUCCUCCGGUGGGCCUGCACUUUCUAUGAUACUUGUGAUGAAGAGGAAGUUGCGUAUUGCGAUUAAAGAUAUUCCGCCAGGAGUAUUAUCGUACUGAUGUUUCGGCUCUUGUUCC